CAAGAUACAGAAGAAAUAUCUCACGGGCUCUUGUUUAUUAUACCGCCGCGAGUGCUGCGCGACCAGUGUCGUCAACCAUCGCAGCCUCCCCCAUGGCCGGCCUUGAGUCGCCUGACCUUCACACUCCGACAUUAGACAGGGAGUCUUCGGGGCUUAUUCAGUCCAUUUCCGAGCACGGAGGCUACGCUUAUGUCAGGAUGGCGUUCUUGGCGGCCGCUGGUGACUUUCGCGCUGCUGAAGCGGCUCGCGAGAUGGCGUGGGAGCAGCUUCACUCGGGGCCCUGGCACUCUGUCCUCCCUGUGUGGCGUGAUGCAUAUUCUAUGGCUUGCCUCCUCGUGGCCAAGUGCCAUUAUAGAAUUGGUGAGUUCAAGGAGGCCCUCAAGUCUUUGGAUAUGGGUCUGAUCAUGGGAGGGAUGCUUCUAAGGAAGGAUUUGGACUCCGCUGUUGAGAAAGUUUCGAUAAAGGUCAGAAACAUUGGGGUUUCUGAAGAUUGCUAUGAAGGUCUGGAAAAGCAUGAGCAUCCACUUAUUCGUCAGCAACUUAAUAACACUGAGGCACUCCAAUUUUUACCUUUCAAGUCCUUGUCAAGUAAAACUGUGAUGAAGAAGUCGGCUCUGUCAUUGGAAAGAUUUCUAAAAGACUAUUACCUGACUCGUUCCCCAGUUAUUAUCAGUGAUUCUAUGGAUCACUGGCCAGCCAAGGCAAAAUGGAAUAACGUAGAUUAUUUGAAAAGAGUUGCAGGUGACCGCACAAUUCCAGUUGAGGUUGGGAAGAACUACUUAUGCGCAGAGUGGAAGCAAGAGCUAAUUACAUUCUCUGAGUUUCUUCAGCGGAUUGAAUCUCCUGGCUGCGCUUCGUGGGAUCCUACAUAUCUGGCUCAGCAUCCAUUAUUUGAUCAGAUAACUGAGCUUCGAAAAGAUAUUUGUAUACCAGACUAUUGUUUUACUGACGGAGGUGAGCUUAGAUCUGUCAAUGCUUGGUUUGGUCCAGCUGGGACCGUAACGCCGUUACACCAUGAUCCACACCAUAAUAUAUUAGCGCAGGUUGUUGGAAAGAAAUAUAUCAGGCUUUACUCUGCAUCUUUUUGUGAGGAACUUUACCCUUACACGGAAACCAUGCUUUGUAAUUCCAGCCAGGUGGAUUUAGACGAUAUAGAUGAAGUCAAGUUUCCGAAGGUGCAAGACCUGGAAUUUGUCGACUGUAUUCUAGAAGAAGGGGAAAUGCUAUAUAUCCCGCCAGGGUGGUGGCAUUAUGUCCGAUCUCUGACUACCAGUUUAUCGGUUAGCUUUUGGUGGAGUGAGGGCGGGAGCUCGCGUGCAUCCUGAUGCGCUAUUACUGGCUUCGCACGUCAGUUUGCAUGGCUGCUACGGUGUGCCCUUGUGUACAUAAACGUCAUUCGUGGCAAUUGGUGCUCCCAUAAUUUUCAGGGCAAAAACGUGCUGCGAUGCUGCCGACCAAAAGCUUUCUGAAGUUCUACGCUAUAUGGGAUUGUAUUUUCUUUUUCUUUUUCGUAAUGUCAAUGAACUAUAACAUAACAUAUGAUAGGGUGCUUAUUGGUGUGGUUGAUUGUUUCCAUGACGAAAUGAUAUCGAAGAACAAACACAGAUAUAGCAGAGCAAAUUAUGUGCUUUCUGAAGUUCUACGCUAUAUGGGAAUGUAUUUUCUUUUUCUUUU